AUGGCGGUGUUCCUCUCCGACGAGGAGCUGGAGUCUUUCUCAAAUACGAGGGGCUACUCGGUGCUUGUGGUGGGCGACGACGACCUCGCUCGCAAGCUCGUCCACGUUUUCGGCGUCGGGCGCGGCAGCCUCGUCGUCGCCAGCGACGGAUCAGAGGGCCUCCGCUUCUUGACCUCGCCUUCACAUGACCGAUUCAGCCUCGUGGUCGUUGACCUAAACACGAUUGAUGGACUGCCGGCGGUACGCCACCUUCGCGACUACGAAGCCCAUCAGGGGGGCUCCCGUGCUCGCGUUCUUGCCGUCUCGGCCAACGCGCGAAUCCCGAACCUACGCGAGACGUGCCUCGAGGCUGGCUUCGACGAUGUGCUACUCGUUCCAAAGCCGCUCCUCCCGUCACACGUCCAGCGGCUCCUGCCCGAGAUGAUGACGUGA